UUCUGUAGGCCAUAUGUUAGUUGUGGUGGGUGGUGACCUGUUCAACGAGUCAAAAAACCUUUUUUUUGUUUGAAAAAUAAGUUGCUUAAUACGAAUUAACCGCAUAAAAAGGUAUAAAAAAAGGUAGUAACUCAAGAGGGAAAUUUAGUAUCAAAAAGGGUUAGCAACUAGUGCGGCCUAGUGGAAGUUGGGAGUUUUGUUUGUGUACUUAAAGCUUAUACAUGUCUUGUUUUUAGUACAAUGGAACUGGUCCAUGGGAGAAGCGGUAAAUCAUCCAAAUCUGUACCACUUGAAGAUGUUAUUGGCAGCAUGCCCGAGAAUGUGAUUACGAAUAUCAUUGAUCGUUUACCAUUACAAGAGGCUAUAAGGACUGGUAUCUUGUCAAGAAACUGGAGAUAUAAGUGGACUUUACUCAGUCAACUCGUAUUUGAUUAUGAUUUCUUCCUGUUUUUAAAAGGAUCUGGAGACGACAUAAUGCAUUUUGACGGGAAGAAUAUAAGUAGACUUCUCCUACAUCUUAAAGGUGCCAUAACAAACUUCGUCCUCGAUAUACCGGAGUUCAUCAAAUUGGAUGUUGAAGACGUUAAUCACUGGAUUGUGUUCCUUUGUAGAAUAGGUAUCAAGAAGUUUACUCUCAUACAUGAAUAUGAUGAACUUAAGUUACCUGCCCAUAUUUUCUCUUGUCUAGAGUUGAAACAUUUAGAGCUUGGAUCCUGUAUUUCCGGCCCUUUGCCUUGUUUUCGUGGUUUUCCAAACCUAUUGAGCUUACAGUUGGAUCAGGUUAGAAUCCAAGACUGCAAAUGUGGGAAUUUAAUCGUUCAGUCUCCGUUACUAGAGAUUCUGUCAAUUACUGAUUUCGUUGCUAGAAGUGAAGUAAAUUUGGCUGAGAUUGUAAAGCUUGAAAAUCUCAAAGAAUUGAAUUUGUCAUUGUGUUUGCUUGACAACAUGACCAUGACCAGACCUUCCAAUAUCUUUCACCAAAUGUCACUUCUUCCAAGACUUCAGAGCCUUUCUUUGAAUUUUCGGAAAUGCAAGUUCUUAGCAGAAGCCGGCACACAAAGAUGGGUCUCUACUGCCUUUCCUUGCCUCAAGACUCUUAAGUUAAACCAAAUAGAUUUUAGUAGUGAUACCAUGUUAUCAUGUGUCGUUGCAAUGCUUUCUGGUGCCCCGAAUUUGCAGACUCUUGAAAUCAUGGCCGCAUACGAGAAUACUAUCCCUCCGCCUCUCAUUUGUUCUUUAGAGGGUGACUGCAGCAAUUUUGGGCUCUUGCAGCUUCAGUAUGUGGUGUUGAAUAUCAGAGCUUUAGAUAAUGAGGUAUCUUUGAUAAAGUCUAUGCUUGGUUCUCCCUUGCUUAAGAAGAUCCUAAUUUUUUCUAACUUAAUAAAUGAUGGGAAUGAGAAGUUCAGGCUGGCUAGCAAGCUGUUGAUGCUCCAUCGAGCUUCUCCUGUAGCAGAAAUCAUGCUCCUCUAAUCCCCUCAAUUUAGAAAUUUAUUUUGAAAAUCUUUUUAUUAUUCUCUUCUUUUAAGUUGUACUCUAACAUUGUGACUUAAGCUGUACUCUUACAUUGCUUGAGUACCUAAAUAGAACUUAUGUUUGUCUA